CUCUCACACACAUAAUCACACACAUGCAGAUACACAGUACAGGCUGUCAAGAUGAAUUAUUAAACGUUUUUUUGUAAUUAAUUAGUGGAAGAUUGCUUUGUUGUUUCUCCAAGAAAAAGGUGUCAAGAUCAUAUUCUAAUUAAGAUGGUGAACUGGUGAUUAUCUGUUCCAUUCUUUGUUUUCUUCUCUUCUCACCCGAAAAAUAUUUGCCUUUAAUUAGCCUUAGAGAAAGAAUUAAGGUUUCUUCAUAGCUGCAGAUCAGUUGUACAUGAUACAAAUUGAGAACAGAAAACAUCAUUCAAUGACAGAAUUCUUUGGAGCCCAUCACUUCAAAUUUCAGGAAUGGGAACAAAACACUUAUAUGCCAAAAAUCCAAUAGCUAGUUCCCCAAACUACUAUUUCGCAGUAAAACAAGUGUAUAACUUGGUGAUACUUUUAUACAAAAUUGGGUAUUCAAUGGAUAGGAUUCUUGAAUUGAAGAGUUGUACAGAGUCCAUCAAGAAGACAAUGCUCAUGCAUGAGGACAUUUUCAAGCAGCAGGUAAAAGAGCUUCACAGAGUAUACAAUCUUCAAAGGAAACUGAUGCUGGAGCUGAAGAAUGAGAAGUCAAACAUAGAGGAUCCAAGAUUAUCACACAAGUCUAUGAUCAACAACACCCCUCAAACCUUGCCUACUUGGCAACAGCCUAGAAGAGAAAUAGGGUUUCACAAUAUUAAUCUUUAUGGUUUAACAAAUGAUCAACAAAGGGAAAGAAGUGGUAGUUGCUCAGGUGACAACUCAAAAAUAUUAACACCAAUUGGAGGAUUGAAUAUUGAAAUGCCAGCUGAUCAAAGAACUUCAACUAGUAAUAUUAAUUGUGCUAGUUUUGAGCAUGAGAAAAGUAGCAAGAUGAGAAAUAUUCAUAGAUGUGAUGAGGAAACAGAUGUGGAGCUAACACUAAGUAUUGGACCUAGCAAUGGUACAAAGAGGUUGAAAAGCCACAGGCAUCAUAAAGAACAGGAGAUGAGUUUUUCUACGUCAGCCAAGUUAGGAAGAGGAGAAGAGUGUGGUGAUGGUAGCCCAGCUGCUAUGAGCAGUACUUCAAGUGCUACAUUCAAUAAAGAAAGUGCCACUCAAGCUUAUUGGUUCUUCCAAGAUCUUAGUUUAAAUAGGAGAUAGCAUGUAUCAACUUCAGUUCCUUCGUUUCUAUUCUUUUGUAGUUAAUCCUUCAAUGUACGUGAACAAUUAUUUGUUAACUUUUAUACUUGUAUAUUUUUAUUCAA